GGGUUGUAGGUCUUAGAGGGAAGUAUACUAUUGUGGUCUUGGGAAUUUCAGUGUGCUGUGGUUGUCACAUAUACUCGUUGGAAGUAGUGUUGUGUCUGGUGUGCUAAGGUGUUGUCAGUCGUAUUCAUUGGCAGGUUUUGUUGUGUUCAGUGGACAUAUUUUAUUUAUGGGGAAGCAUUAUAAUGUUACUGCAUUAUUUCUUAUAGUACUAGGCAAAGGUGAAAAUAGAAUUUUCCUUGAAACCUUAUUGUAACUGGAUGGAUUUACUGGGAACUGAAUAUGAAAGAAAAAAAAAUGGAACUGUAGUAUAGAAAAAUCAUUAUGAAUUAAGUUUGGAAAAGAAGAAUAGAAAAAAGUAAAUGAAUUAAUUUAGAAACAGAAGAUAAUAGUCAAAUGGUUUAUCAUGUGGUGAAAAAGUAGGGUGUCUUGGGGAAGUUUCAUUGGAGGAGGUUGUAUAACAGAGUAAAUGAGUUAGAAGGAAGAAUGGUGGAUUGGUGGGAAAGGAGGAGGAGGUUGUGUUCAGGUAUGAAUAUUUUGGGUGAUGUAGAUGAAGGAUGAAAAAUAGUUGGAAUACCUUGGGAAAAGUGAAAGGUGGACUUGAAUGGAAAUUGUGUGUAGCCAGUGACCACAAAACAAGUAGUAACCAUAACGCCAUUAUUUUCUGACCACACUGGCCAUUACCACAACUUGGGAUGUGGGAUCUCCCACCAUACACCACUUUCUGGUGCACCAGCAUGGAUGGUUGAUAAAGUGUCCAUACACACUUCAUGCACAACACACUCCAUCAGCAUAAGAAAGUGCACAGUGUUGGUGACCUGUCUUGAGAUGGUUAAAGCUGACCUGUGUGAGCUGACCUUCCAGAAUGGGGGAAAAAGAUUGCCACAGCACAUUUCUUUCAACGCCUCAGGAAAUUCUAGAUGACCUUGAUAGUAGUGCUGGGGCGUGGUGGUGUCGGCUUCCGGGGCCGGCGUGAGGUGUGUGCCAGCUGUGGGCUGCCGGUGUUCCUGGCGGAGCGGCUCGUGGUUGGUGCGCCCGGCCAGUUGGUGCAUCGAACUUGCUUCCGCUGCGCCCGUUGCUCUGCCCAGCUCACUCUGGCCAGCUACUACCAGACUGAGCGGGGCCAGUACUGCUGCGAGACCUGCCCCGACGAGGAGCGCCCGCCUGCCCCACCCAGCCCCGCACUCGCCUCCGCCCAACACUUGCAGACUGACACAGAUGAGGAUUCUUCUAGUGAGGAGGAGGAAGAAUCAGAGGAGGAGAGUGAGGCCCCGCGAUUACCCGACACCCCAGCCCCAACCCCCUCCCCUACUCCCCCAAGACCCCGUACAGUUUUCCUCUCCCAGACACUUGUUGCUAUCCCAGAUCAGCCCCAAGAGCAGCCCCCAGAACAGCCCCAAAGCAAAGCAAACCAGCAUAGUCCCUUUUCUGAGGUCUCCCCUGCUCUGUUUGGGAGUGUGGGUGGGGUAGGGCGGGUGAGGGAGCACAGCCCCGACCCAGCCCCCUACCCUCGCACUGCCAAGUCCCUUAGAACAGACCCACCAAAGGUAUUAGACACAGGACAGCCAAAGUCGCAGCCACAUCCACCAGCAGACAUCCCCAACAAAGCCUCCACAGACAAAUCUAUACGUGCCCACAGCCCCUACACCACAAGCUCCUCCAUCGUUGCCCGUCGUCUUCAAAUGUUCCAAGAAAUAAGCAACGAGGGUGAUAAGAUGAGGCGGGAAGAGAAGGAGACGACAAGUGUUCCGUCCAUCACUGUGACAUCGGAGACGGUUGGCAAGGAUGGAAAGAAGUCUUCAGUCUCCACCCCCAGCCCCCCCUCCUCCAUCACACCCACCCAGCCAUCACCCAUCACAGCACAAAAAACAUUCAAGGAAAGUGAAAAAAAAGAAGAGGAAAGAAAAAGUGAGAAAGUGAGUGAGAGCCGUGAGAGCUUCAGAGACAGUGACCAGGUUGUGAGUGAGGCAGAGGAAGUGUGCCACAGAGAGGAGAGUGAGGUAGAAAAGAGCCACUUAGAGGAGGAAAGUGAACCAGAAAAGAGCCUGAGCCUAGUGAGUGAAGUUGAAAAGGGUUCCAGACAGGCAGAUGAGCCGGAGAAGGACCAACGAGAGAAGGACCAGCAAGAGAAGGACCAGGUUGUGAAGCCCAGUGAGAGCCAGGUUGUGAGCCAGACCAGUGACAGUAGUGACAGCCACACGGGGACAAAGAAUGCAUUUGUGAGUCCCUCGGUGGAUCAUAGCUCACCAGUUGUGACCUCCAGGGAACCACACACAGCACCCAGUGAGUCACAGCAGUACCCAGAUGAUCUGAACCCAUUUGGCAGUGAGGAUGAGGAGGAAGAAGAAACGGGAGCAGUGCCACAACUCCCAUCAAAGCAGCCCACAGUAGGAUCCUCAUACCACACCACAGCACCAGCAGGGCCCACACAGGAUGCUAAGGCCCACAGCACAGCCACAGGACUCUCACAGGACUCCUCUGGCAGGAAACUCAUUAAGGCUAACCUGAAUCCAUUUGAAAGUGAUGAAGAGGAAGAGGAGGUGGAAGCCAUGAACAAGGACACAUCCCCAGCCAAGAAGGAAGUAAAGAAGAGUCUGAACCCCUUCUGGAGUGAUGAUGAAGAGGAAGAAGAGAUGAGAGGAAGGACAGACUCCACAGCAAAGGGCACCAAGGUCAAGCCUCCCCGCCCCCCUCCCCCAAGCAUGGCCAGGAACAGGAGCCCAUCCACUGUCUCCAACACCACCUCCACAUCUUCCACUAACACGACUCCACGCAAGAAAAAGAUUGCUCCCCCGCCCCCCUCCUCCCCUCAGCUUUCCAUUGCCUCCUCCCCUGGUGGCUCCAUUGCCCUAAGGAAAAAGGGUCGUAGGGCUCCUGCACCCCCCAUGUCUCACACUCCAGAACAGGACACAUGCAGCAUUGAUACAACAUCCAGUGGGGGUGGGGGUGAAAGAGAAGAUCCUGAUGAGGUGCUGAGUUGGAAGCUUCAGAAAGACCUUAAGAACCAUUCAAAUAAGCUAAAUGGCACUUCCCAGGCUCCCCCCAAGCCUGCUCGCAGUCUCCAGCAGCAGACUUCUCCCAUGGCUGCUUCAGGUCCCACAAUCACCCGCCGCUGCUCCACUAGUAAAAGUGAAGCAGGGGAGUGGAAGCGAAAGAAGGGCCCUGCACCACCACGACCUGUGCCUCAGAAGCGUGCCCUCAAGAAGCUGCCCAUGAAGGUGAUCCAGCAGGAGCUUCAAGACAUUGACAUUAAGCAGACAGAGUUGGAGCGGCAAGGGGUGUUGUUGGAAACUCAGAUCCGCAAACGCACAGAAGCCUCAGCUCCACCCAGCCCUCAGGAGGAGAUAGCCCCUAACAGUGGACCCCCAAGCAGCCCCAACAGCAUUGAGGUGGAGGACAUGAUCAUGCAGCUGUUUGAACUGGUUAACGAGAAGAAUGAGCUGUUCCGCCGACAGACUGAGCUUAUGUAUCUUAAACGGGAGAAGCGUCUGGAGGAAGAGCACGUGGAACUUGAGUAUCAGAUCCGCUGCCUGAUGAUGAAGUCUCCCAGUGAAAGGACAGAGGAGGACACAGCACAGGAGGAGGAGUUAAUAUCCCGGCUGGUGAAGGUGGUGGAGCAGCGCGACGAGAUCAUCAACUGCCUGGAACUGGACCGUCUGAGGGAGGCACAAGAAGAUGAGAGCAUCGCCACACACAUGAUGCAGUACCAAGAGAAACACAUUGAUGGGAUGGAAAAUGACAGCAACAGCCCCCUGGAGCCAGUUAAAAAAAAGAAGACACUCAAGCUACCCAAGAAGAAGAAAAAGAAGGAGAAGAAGGGAGCAGCAAAGGGAGAUGCAGACAAGGAUGUGGAUGAGUCAGAGACACCCACCAACACUAAGAAGAAGAAAAAGAAGAAGUGGCUUUUCUGAGUACUAAGGAGGGAGUGUAUGUAUGUACACCAUGAUAGGCCAACCAACCAUGUUGUGAAGUGCAGUGUGGCAUUGCUAGUGUGUUUAGUUGAAGCAAGAGGCAUCCAUUAACCAAGAUGAAAUUGUUGUUUAGAGUACCCGGUGGGAGUGCAUAUCUGUCUGCUGCACUGUGGUGGGGCACCUAGCGGGGGUGUGGGGUACAAGGAAGUGCUCAUAGUAGUGUGAUAGCUAAAGUGUUAGACUGCUGUUUAGAAAAUCAGCAUAUUUGCUGAUUACCGCAGUACUAUAAUAAUGUGCUGCUGGUGGUGUGCUGAUUAUUGCAGUGUCUACAGAGGUACAACCCCAUGUGCUGGGGGUGUGCAUAUGCAGAACAUUUGUGUGCUACAGUGUACUCAUGUGUGAAUGUGUGCAUGCAUGCUUGUUUGAUGUGUGUGGUAGGAUGAAGUGCUAGCUGCUGCAAUGUACUAUGUGCUGGGGUUGCUGUUGUGUGCCAUGGAAUGUUUCAACAUGUGAUAUCAUUACAGAGUUUUUGUGGUGCAAGCAUUCCAGGUGAAUUUUGUUUUAAGAGUUGAUUGUGGCUAUACCUUGUGUGCUGGUAUUGCAACACAGUUUGCUUAUUCCUCAGUCGUGCAGUAUAUAACUUAUAUAAAAUAUACUGGCCAGCUGCUGCAACAUAUGCCUGGUCCUUCCAGUAUUGUUGUUUACCAAGCUCAUGUAAUUAUAUUAUCAAAGUAAUAUUUGAAAGUUGCAUAAGGAAAGCCUUUUUCUAAUCAGUGAUGGAGGGCUAAAUCUUAGCUAGUAGUAAAAACGUUUCAUAGGUAGUGCAUGGAGGAAACAUCUCACCAUUUUAAUAACUCUUAUUUUUAGCUUUUGUAAAAUUUAUGACUAAGACUUGAAAUUGAAAGACAACCAGUAUUUGUUUGCAGUAUUUGUGUGAGUGCAUAUAUGUGUUGGGUUGUGGGUGUGUGGAGAGGUGAGGCAGGAUAAGUAAAUAGUCUUGUGCCUUACAAUUGGGCUGGAGGAUGCAGGAGUGAAGUCUUCAUGAGCAGAAGUUUGGGACGUAUCCAUAUGUGUUUCGUUGGCCUGGUAGUACAGCUGGUGGAGCUAUUGGUCCUUUAGCAUAACAACAAAAAUCUCUAAAAGGCAAGAAACAACUUCCUCAAUUUAAGGUCAAAGAGAUAGCAAAGACUGGCAAGAAGAGAGGUAACCAGUUAAAUGGUGAGUGAGGUGGCAUCAGAGAUAAGAGGGGAUGAAAUUCAUAAGGAAAGUGAAAGGAAUCUACUCUUUUCAUUCACACUGAGUUAAAAGGAGAGCAAGGGCUUGAGAAGAAAGGUAACUAGCAAAGUGAGGAUGGAUGACAACUUUGAAGAGGUAGUGAUUGCUAAAUGUCUGUGAUUGGGCAAAAGAAGGAAAUUGGAAUGCCACAAGUUUGGAUCUCAAUAAUAAGUUGAAUCAUUUGGAAAUGGAUUUCUUGCCUCUUCAGACCAAGUGAUUUUACCAUUACAUUCCUUCUUGACAAACCUUUUAAGCCAUGCUUCAGUUUAAUGCUGUGUCAUGAUUGGAUAUCCACAAAAAUUGAAGAUCAGUUUUCAGCAUUACCUUAUUUUGUGUAUCUUUAUUCCUUGUGGACAGGUGGUAGUAUAGAGGAAGGGAUGAGAACAUGAGUUAAGUGAUGUAUUAUUUAUUCUAUAAAUGUAUUUUGUGCUAGCUAUCUACACAAUUUUGCAAAAUUUCUUAUUAAUCCUUUUAAAACUUAUGAAUUCUUGGAUUAGUUAUAAAUUUUAAUAAUUUUCUUUAAAAAAAAAUGUCAUGAAGGGUUUUGAACCCGACUUUCUUUAAUUAGUUAUAUAGCUAUUGUACUUUCACCUCAGUAACUAAGAUUUUAGUUAGUCCUCUUUUUUUUAUUAUUAUUAUUAUUAUUAUUAUUAUUAU